UAAAAUGCUCCCUCCUCUUUGCCUGGGCGCUCUUAGCUUAGUUAGCAGCAGCAGCUAAACGCCAGUCUGCUUCUUACAUCCACUGGACUGACAGAGAGCAACGACGUGAUGGAAAUUGACUCGCUCCAAGAGGCGCUCCGAGAUUUUGAUAAGAAAGCAAAGUCGGAGUCAUGUCCUCUUCUGGAACAGUUUCUAUGUCACAUUGCCAAGACUGGAGAGACCCUGGUUCAAUGGUCUCAGUUUAAGAACUACUUCCUGUUUAAAUUGGAGACGGUGAUGGAUGACUUCAGCGCAUCAGCACCUGAGCAAAGAGGUCCUGCAAAUCCCAACGUGGAAUCAAUUCCGUUUGAAGACAUGAAGGAGAGAAUCCUGAAGAUUGUGAAGGGUUACAAUGGAAUUCCAUUCACGAUCCAGCGUUUGUGCGAGCUGCUCACGGAACCCAAGAGGAACUACACAGGAACAGAUAAGUUUCUUCGGGGGGUUGAGAAGAAUGUAAUGGUGGUAAGCUGUGUGCACCCAACCUCAGAAAAAAAUGGCUGCAGCGCUGUCAACAGAAUGAACGGAGUGAUGCUUCCUGGGAACACGUCUGCUUUUACAGAGAGAAAAGUGAACGGCCCUGGAACUCCUCGGCCGCUGAACCGCCCGAAGUUGUCUCUGGCCAACUCACUAGCGGCCAACGGCCUGCCGGACAGCACAGACGACAAAGACAUCCACACAGAACAACAACAAGAUGACGACAAAGACUCCAGUGAGGUUUCAGCGUCAGGAGGCUCGCUGAAGAACAAACACCAAGAAGACGAGGAGGAAGAGGACAUGGAAGCAGAGCAGCAGGAGGUGAAGAGACUCAAGUUCAGCAAGAACGAGGAGGAAGAGGAUGACGAGGACGAUGAGGAAGACGAAGAACAUGAGGCAGACACGCUGAGGCCUUUGCACGCCAGCUGCCUCUCCAAAGAGGCAGAAGCCAUGGUGCAGGAGGACGAGGAAGAGCAGAAGGCCGGGGACAGCAGGGACAAUGAAGCCUCCAGCGGUGCUGCUGCCGCUGAGGACCAAGAACCAACGAGCAGCACGCAGGUGGAGGCGUGUGCGGGCUCCAGUCCGGAGGCUGAGCAGGCCGAGAGGGAGGUGCCAUGCGGCUCCCAGGAGGAGGGCAGUGACAUGGAUCAGACGGAGCAGCAGGCGCCUGCAGGCGUCCUGGAGAGCCCCGAGACCAGCAGAGACAGCGAGGAGAGCAACAGUGACCCCGUCAGCAGCAGCAGCAGCAGCAGCAGCAGCACUAGUAGUAGCAGCAGCAGCGGUAGCAGCAGCUGUAGCAUAGAGGAGAGCGCAGAAGCAACCAGAGAAGACGUAGCGCUCGCUCCCUCCAGCAGUACAUCUGAACCUCCUACAGAGGGCGCCAUGGAAAGUGCCACCUUAAACACUGGGACCACCGAGGAGCCCAUGGAGCAGGACUAGACUGAAGGCCCGCCCCCCCUCUCCUUCCCUCCCUCUCUCUGCAGCCAUGCGUGACCAUGAACCAGCUUGACUGUCACUGGCAAUGAGGACAACUAUACCUCAUACGCAGGACGGACGCCUCGUCCCACUUGGACGCUCCUCCAAAAAUGGCUCCCUGGCAUUGAUGUGGGCAUACAAAUAAAUUUUCAUUUGAAGUUUUUUUUCUUUUUAAACUGGAAUAUUUUAUUGGUCCUCUUAUCCUCGGUUUUAAAGUUUCACUUGAAGGGGGUUGGUUUCAGCAGUUUUGAGUUUCUUGGCUGGAAUUUUAAAUUUUUUUUUUUUUUUUUUAUUUACUUCUCCAUGUUCAAUGUGGUCGUUGGGAUGCUGGGGCCACCUGGUUCUUUUCUUCUACCGCUCACACCGGCUAUUUGGACAUUGUGACAGGAUCCCCUCACGCCCAGUGUGCUGCAGUGCCUGGGUCAGAACAGAACCACACCAGCCCCACAUUAUUUAUGAAAUGGUUAAAGAUGUGGCUACUGCCAUUUCUGUUCCUCACUGUGCGUGUACAAGCAACCCCACCACCACUAUAUAAUUACUCCAAGUUCCACAAGGCUGUUGAGAAAAUGCGUUGUUUUAAAUUUUAUUUCUUUACCCUCCAUGAGAGGGGGGACUUUUUUUAAUUUUUCCAUUGUGUCCUUAUAUUUGAACCACAAUUUGUCUGCAAUGAUACACUACCAAUCCCACUAACAAUAUAAUGACAUACUACCUUGUUGAGGCAUCUUCUGUAAAAUGAUACAUUUUGGAUUCAUAAACACCAUAAUUUAUAUGAUCAAUUCAAUUGGUUGCUUUUUCAUUUUGGUUCUGUCUACCAGUUGUAAUUUACAAAACCAGCUGUAAGUACAAAGAUGAUUCUGCUUUCUUUGUAUUGUGAUGUCACCAUGUUGUUUCACCAACCGAUACACGGAGCCGUCUCUGGUUCCACUUCUACACCUGUUUCUGCAGCUGUACUUUUUGAUAUUUAGAAUUUUAAAUUUCUGUAAAGUAGAUUUUUGUAGAUUGUAAUACAGUAUGUGUUCACUGCCUUUGUGAAACCAUAUAUAAUUGUAUAAUUUCUGUGUCUACUCUGAAUGCUUUUGCUUUCAGUGCGGUAUUCAGAAACAGCAAUAAAUGUUAACAUUUU